AUGCAGAGAGGGGUUUUACACUCACGCCGCACGGAUAAUAGCAGGGUGGGACGGCUCUGCAGCGUGUGGCCGACCUCGGACGCUGUGCAUGUGCCGGAGAGGAGUGGGAACACGGCAGGUGAAAACGUGUGUCAAGGGAGCUCCCUGGAGGUGGCUGCCACGCUGCGUUACGUAAGGCUCACUCCGCUGGGACGGCUCAGGCGGGACUACCUCCUCCCACUACUGUCCCAGCCGCUGCUCAGCUCAGGACGAGAGCAUCACCAGGGGCCUCCUCUGCGCCGUCGCCGUUGUUUGGCUCUUGAUUGA